GUUGUAAUAGCAUACGGUGAAUAGUGAGGAACUAAUUUUAAGUUUUAAUUUAACCAUCAACAUGAAAGAAGGUUCUUCCAAUUCCAUAAUUUCAUUAUAGUUCCUCCAUCUCCUUAUCCCCCAUUCGCAAAAAUCCCCAAUUCGAUUUAGAUCUAUAUUCUAGGGUUUCCAUUUCAUUCUUUUUCAUUAUUCACCAAAUCGUUCCAUCAAGAUGCAGUUCAAAUCAACACAAUCCUCAUUUCGAGAUCGUACACAUGAUUUCCACACCGUUGCAGAGAGAUUGAAGAAAUCACUAUCAUCAUCAUCAUCAGGAUCAGGUCCAAAUGGACCUAGCAGUAGUUCUCCUUAUCCUUCUUCUUCUUCUCCUUCUUCUUCUUCUUCCAGAUCGGAGGAUCCACGAUCUGCCGUUGCAAUUCAAUCAGAAUUUAAUCGGAGAGCUUCCAAGAUUGGUUUCGGAAUUCAUCAAACCUCUCAGAAACUUUCCAAGCUAGCCAAAUUGGCGAAAAGGACUUCGGUUUUUGAUGAUCCAACUAUGGAAAUUCAAGAAUUAACAAGUGUUAUUAAGCAAGAUAUUACUGCACUUAACUCUGCGGUUGUGGAUCUUCAAUUAGUCAGCAAUUCAAGAAAUGAGAGUGGAAAUGUUUCUACCGACACAACUAGCCAUUCAACUACCGUUGUCGAUGAUCUAAAGACUCGAUUGAUGAGUACUACCAAAGAGUUUAAAGAUGUUCUCACAAUGCGAACUGAGAACUUGAAAGUGCAUGAGAAUAGAAGACAAUUGUUUUCGGCAAAUGCUUCUAAGGAUUCUGCAAAUCCUUUCAUCCGUCAACGUCCGUUAGCUACAAAAUCGGCUGCUAGUUCUUCUAAUGCCCCUGCACCUCCAUGGGCUAGUGGGAAGCAGGUGGAUGGAGAGAGUCAACCAUUGCUGCAACAGCAACAGCAGCAGCAGCAGAUAGUUCCAGUGCAGCAGGACAGUUACAUGCAAAGCAGAGCUGAAGCUCUUCAAAAUGUUGAGUCCACUAUUCAUGAGCUCAGCAACAUCUUCAAUCAACUAGCAACACUUGUCUCCCAGCAAGGGGAGGUUGCCAUCAGGAUUGAUGAGAACAUGGAUGAUACAUUGGCAAAUGUAGAGGGGGCACAAGGGGCAUUGUUGAAGUAUUUGAAUAGCAUAUCGUCUAAUAGGUGGCUAAUGAUCAAGAUUUUCUUUGUAUUGAUGUUUUUCCUUAUGGUUUUCUUAUUUUUUGUGGCAUAGUCGUUUCAGAGACAGGAAAUUGACCAGGAGGAUACACGACAUUACUAUUUCUCUCUUUCUCCAAAUAUAUAUUUGUUAUGACAGAGUUUAGCUUUGGACCAACUUUGUCAAAUUUUUUACCUGUACUUACUGAUGCAUAUAACGAAGCUAAGUGCUGUGUGUACUGCAUUUGUGAUAUGAUUAUAUUGAAUCCAUUAUGUCUAUAGAAUAGACAAUUAAAAACUUA